AUGAAAAAGGAUUUAAGUUCUGAAACGUGGAAUGGCAUGAUGAGCAUUGUGCGUGAAGACUUGAAUGGUGAGGAUGUCCGAAAAUGGUAUAACGGCUAUGUAUAUAAUCCACCAGAAUACGUUUAUCAUGCCUUUUGCAUGGGAAUGUUCGUUGUUGCUCGUGAUCGAGGCUAUAACGUACAUGAGGCCGGUAAAGGAAGAUUUGUUAUAAGGAUAGUUCAUAAAUCAGAUGCCGUAAUUGAUAUGGCCAUUGUCAUUGAGUUUAAGGUUGUUGAUGAUAAGGAAAGCUCAGAAAGCGCUAGAUCAAAUUGA